AUGGCGACAAACACCGCAGCAAAUGCGGGGUCAGCCCGCAAUACGGCACCAGGGCUCGAUAUCUUCAAAACCCCGGAAAAUACGACUUUCUAUUCCGCGAACCUGUACCAGAGUCUCGAUAUAAGCAACAAGGAGAUUCGACUUCUCGAAAUUUCGACACAAACUGGCGAUGGCGGUAUACUGGAGUGUAAGCUACUGCCUGCGACAUUGUUGACCAACGCCCGAAAAAGGAGACCCGACAGACACAAAGAAAAUCCUGGUAAACGGAGUCAGGUGUAA